CAACACUGAAAUGAGAUGGAUGCUCAUGGUUACAGGCCUAUUUGUGGGUUAUGUGGAGCCAAUUUAAACUUCAGCUGGUAAGUAAACAACCGUGUAUCUUGGGGUUUUCUGAACCACUCCACUGACUAGGAUACAAGUUACACAUAUUAUUUCGCUAAGCAUGUUAUAAACACAUAAUCUUUUCAUAACUUUUCAGGCAAAUCUAAUUGAUACAGUAUUUUUGGGGACGUUGUGCGUUCAUGCAACCUCUUGGCAGUGACGUCAAGACGUCUUGUCUCAUAGCGUUCAAGUACAUAGCGUGGCUGGUAAGAGCAUCAACAAUUCGCAGCUGUGCAGUCUGGGACGCAGCAGAUAGCUGCAAGUUGUCAACAAACGGGAGCUCGGCAUCGUCUUCCCGGUGUCGCGAUGGAGCGGUGCUCUAGUGUCAGCAGCAGGGGUAGCAGCUGCGGAGCCACCCCCAUCCUCAGCCCGACUGUGCCGCCACCUCCCCCUCCCCCUCCACCUCUGCCCGCGUCCCCUGGUCCCUCCACUCCGCCUGCCUGCUUGGCCGCCCGGCAGUCCCUGAAGCGCCCAGUCAUGGUGGACGUCAGCAAAUGGCCUCUCUUCACGCUGAUGUCUGCCCAGGAGCUUGUCUCCAUCCGACAGGCCUGCGUCUUUGGCACCUCGGCCAACGAGGCCAUCUACAUCACCCACGACGACGAGGUGUUUGUGUUCGGGCUGAACUGCAGUAACUGCCUGGGCACUGGUGACAGCCAGAGCACCAUCGUGCCCAAAAAGCUGGACAUCCUGAGUGGGAAGAAGCUGGUCAGCCUGAGCUACGGCAGUGGACCUCACGUGUUACUGGCCACCGAGGAUGGAGAUCUGUUCGCCUGGGGCCACAAUGGCUACAGCCAGCUGGGCAACGGAACAACCAAUCAGGGCGUGGCACCGGUGCUGGUGACCACCAACCUGCAGAAUAAGCGAAUCACGGAGGUCUCCUGUGGCUCUCACCAUUCCAUGGCUCUUACAUCUGAAGGGGAGGUGUAUGCGUGGGGCUACAACAACUGCGGCCAGGUGGGCUCGGGCUCCACAGCCAAUCAGCCGACGCCGCGGAAGGUGUCCAACUGCCUGCAGAACAAGCACGUGGUCAGCAUGACCUGUGGCCAGACGUCCUCCAUGGCGGUGGUGGAUAACGGGGAGGUGUACGGUUGGGGUUACAAUGGAAAUGGGCAGCUGGGUUUGGGGAACAACGGCAACCAGUUGACUCCGUGUCGGCUUGCUGCGCUGCAGGGCUACUGUGUACUGCAGAUUGCCUCUGGCUACGCUCACACACUGGCCCUGACGGACGAAGGGCUGCUGUACGCCUGGGGGGCCAACACCUACGGGCAACUGGGCACUGGCAACAAGAGCAACCAGCUCAGCCCUGUGCAGAUCAUGACCGAGAAGGAGAGGAUCGUGGAGAUCGCAGCAUGCCACUCCACACACACGUCGGCAGCAAAGACCCAGAGCGGUCAGGUGUUCAUGUGGGGCCAGUGCCGGGGCCAGGCCAUCGUCCUGCCCUACCUCACACACUUCACCUGCACCGACGACGUCUUCGCAUGCUUUGCCACCCCCUCCGUCAUGUGGAGGCUGCUCGCCAUGGAGCACGACGACUUCCUGACUGUGGCGGAAUCCCUGAAGAAGGAAUUUGACAGCCCUGAAACGUCCGACCUGAAGUUCAGUGUUGAUGGGAAGUACAUUCAUGUACACAAAGCUGUCCUAAAGAUAAGGUGUGAGCACUUCCGGUCAAUGUUCCAGUCCCAUUGGAAUGAGGACAUGAAGGAGGUGAUUGAGAUCGACCAGUUCUCCUACCCUGUGUACCGCUCCUUCCUGGAGUUCCUCUACACGGACAACGUGGAUCUGCCACCAGAGGAUGCCAUUGGGCUUCUGGAUCUGGCCACCUCCUACUGUGAGAACCGUCUGAAGCGACUGUGCCAACACAUCAUCAAAAGAGGCAUCACGGUGGAGAACGCCUUCUCCCUGCUCUCCGCCGCCAUCCGCUACGAUGCAGAGGACCUGGAAGAGUUCUGCUUCAAGUUCUGCGUGAACCACCUGACGGAAGUGACUCAGACGGCCGCCUUCUGGCAGAUCGACGGCCACAUGCUCAAGGAAUUCAUCAGCCGCGCCAGCCGCUGUGGAGCCUUCAAGAACUAGGACCUGCUCGCCGUGGCAACAUCCGCUGUGCUGCCGUGGAGACGCGGGGCCGCCGUGCCACGCCCCUUUUGAGAGCCCUGCCGUCAAUAACACUUCGCUCACCAUCAUCUGCCAGUUACUGUCCACACUCUCCUCCACACACGCACACACACACACACCAGAGACCACU